AAAGUCAACAACUCUAGAGAGAGAGAGAGAGAUAGAGAGGGGCUGCUGAAGGUGGUGAUGCGUGGAAGCAGGUGGCAGAAACAAUGACGAGAUCCCGAUGGAAGCUUUCUUCUUCUUCUAACAUUCAAUUCAAACGGCGAUUCCGAACUCCAUCUGAACCCUAUUCUAUUCUAUUCCCUCUUUCAGUUAUUUUAUAGCCAAAGCUUCCACUUUGUUAGGGAUAACAGAGGAAUUAAGGAAAUGACGGAGGUUGCGAAAUUGCUGUACAUAGUGGUGGAGGAGGAUGAAGAAACGAAAGGGAAUGAAGAAUCGUCAUUUAGAUACACUCGUCCUGUUCUUCAGAGCACUUUGCAGUUGAUGGGUUGUAAAGCACGUCACGCUUUCAAGAUUAGCCAAAGGGUUUUUGAAAUCAUGAGAACUAAAUGCUUAGGGGACACUUUGGCUGAUAUAGGUGUAAUUCAAUGGGGAAAGGAUACCUUAAAAUUUCAUCCUCUGAAAGAGAAUAACCGUGACAAUAAUAAUCGGUCUGAUAAGAUGGAUGGAAGCAAUCAUGUGGUUUCAAAUAGAGAUGGUAGUACAAGGAGUAAGCCUUUUGAAUCAUAUAAAAAGCGCACAACAGUUGUCAUCAAAAGGAGGAUGUUCAUUGAUGUUGUAUGUGAUGCUCUGUCGGAAUACAAGUAUGUUGGUCCCAAUCAGAGAGCUGAUUUUGUUUUAGCCUGCAGAAUUCGGGAAAGGAAGGAAUCUGUGACUGUGCUGCUCUGUGGUACUAGUGGAUGUGGCAAAUCUACAUUGUCUGCUUUGCUGGCUAGCAGGUUAGGGAUCACAACCGUUAUAUCUACAGAUUCCAUACGGCAUAUGAUGAGGAGCUUUGUUGAUGAAAAACAAAAUCCGCUUCUCUGGUCUUCUACUUACCAUGCAGGGGAACAUCUAGAUCCAUUGGCUGUUUCAGAAGCCAAGGCCAAGAGAAAAGCUAAGAAAGAGGUCAGUGUUUCAGAUACUUCCACAACUGAAGCACCUAAGGAAGCUGAAGGUUCCAGUUCUACUAAGGUUGAUUUGAUUGGUUCUAAGCAAAUGGCCAUAGAGGGAUUUAAGGCACAGAGCGAGAUGGUCAUUGAUAGUCUUGAUCGACUUAUCACAGCAUGGGAGGAGCGGAAAGAAUCAGUUGUUGUGGAGGGUGUUCACUUGAGCCUUAACUUUGUGAUGGGGUUAAUGAAAAAACAUCCAUCAAUCAUACCGUUCAUGAUAUACAUCACGAAUGAGGACAAGCACAUGGAAAGAUUCGCAGUUCGUGCAAAGUAUAUGACUCUAGAUCCUGCCAAGAACAAGUAUAUAAAGUAUAUAAGAAACAUCAGAACAAUCCAAGAGUACCUGUGCAAUCGAGCAGACAAGCAUCUGGUGCCAAAAAUAAAUAACACAAACGUUGAUAAGAGUGUUGCUGCAAUCCAUGCCACGGUUUUCAGCUCCUUAAGAAGGCGUGAUGCGGGGGAACCGUUGUAUGAUUCCACCACUAACACAGUUUUUGUAGUUGACGAAGAGUACAGGAAUCAGUGCGUAGCCAAUUCACUUGGCUCCAAAAGAAUGUUUCAACUGAUCCAAAGGCAAGGCUCUUCAAGGCAUUUGAUGGCUCUUCUCAAUAAUGAUGGCUCUGUUGCAAAGGCGUGGCCCGUUCAUUCUGUAGAUGCCGAUGGCAAGCCCAUUUUAGACUGUCCAGCUGAAAAUGGGCCAGGAAUACCAAUGUAUGGGCCGUUGCAGAUUGGAAAGGCUGAACCCGUUAAUCUGCAGUUUGGCAAAUUUGGAAUCAGUGCUUGGCCAAACGACCUUGGCGGCACUAGCCAUGCUGGCAGUGUUGAUGACUCGAGAGGUGAACUUACUGAUAAUGGUAGUAGAUAUUAUUCUUCAUGCUGUAGCUCACCCAAGGUCUCCGAAGGACAUGCUAAAGAGUUGAAGGAAGAGCUGUCUGUUUCUGGCAGUGAUGGAGAGGUAGAUGAUGCACGCGAGUUAGAUAGUGAUGAGGAUCUUAGUGAUAAUGCCAAAGAGCAUAUGCAUGAAGAGAUGGAAGGAUCGGUGGAUGAGGAGUCGACUAAAUCAGACGAAGAGUAUGAUGAUCUUGCGAUGCAGGAUAUUCAAGAAAACGGUUACUUCACCGAUAUAGAAUUUGAAUCCAAGACUAACCUUUCUGAUACAAUAACCAGCACUAAUGUGGACAGAUACAAACAAAAUCUGGACCGUUUCUUGAGAACCAAACGCGAGGCAGCCAUGGAUCCAGUGGUUAUUAACUCGGGUAUCCCCAAGGAGAAAAGAUUGCCAUCUUCAAGAAGCCUGAGAGUGAGAGGACGAUCUUACAGCAUUUCGACCUCUGCGAAAGAGGAGCUACUAACCCCGCCCAUCUCAAGAACCUCGAGCCCACCUGUUUCAAGUGGGUCGCGGGUUUAGUACUACUAUAUUCGAUCUUCUUCAUCAACCUUAGUUUUUAUGUAGUAAAUUCUGCUGAUUACCUCUUUGGUGUCAAGUGUUGCCCAAAGCUUUGUGCAUUGAACAUUGGUUGCUAAAAGUAGCCUGGCCUGUAGGACAUCGUGACAAUCAUUAUUUGUUAAAAGCAUGUUUUAAAAAUGCAUUUUAC